CGAGUUCGAGACCUACAUGAACGCGCACUGCUGCUUCUCAGACCACAGGCUUUCAAACAACAUGGCCUUCUUCAUGUUCGACCAGGUCAUGAGCCAACUUGCGAAGAUGGGUUUAAUGAAGAUGGCGGUCCAUGUGUUGAAAUUUGCGGUGCCCACGAACGAUGGCGUCCCAUGGCUCUUGCAGGGUCGAGCAGACGCCAAGAAACUCGUCAAAUUGGCUUGCGUGAUGACCGAGAGCAAGGCGUUCCAGGCAAGCCGGGCUGCCGCUUCGAAAAACGAGAAGGAGGCGAAUGAGGCGAAGGAGCCGAGGAAGAAUAAGCAAAAGAAGGCCGCCCGCUCGGAGCUGGUGAAAGAGUCUACCGCAAGCGGCCAGGAAGUGACGUACCUGCACGACGCGCAGAAUGCGGUGGAGUUUACGACUGAGGUGCUGAAGCCAGAAGAAUUUACCGCUUUGAAGAAUGAGAUUGACAGGGCCACUGCCUGGUGCGUCGAGUUCGGCCUCAACGGGGUCGUGCGCCUACCAGCCGCGAAGGGCAUCAUGGAUCGCAGCUCCCUGGAGAUUAUCUUCAAGUUCGAGAGGGGGCGCUUCCAGGAUCUCAACGACGCGGAGUGCGAGGACGAUGAUGAUGUCAAAAAGUAUAGGCAGCACACCGCGAACGACUUCAAGUCUUACCGAUGGUGGAUGAAAGCACGCACUCAGGUCAGAACGAUCCUGGGGGGGCUCAUUGGCGAGGCCGCCCGCGACGAUGACCCGGACCUUGAUGGGGGGGAUGGCGACGACGAUGAUGAUAUGGAGGCCGAGGAGCCUGUGGAGAGCAUCGACGACAAGGAGAUCGAGAAGGCGGCUAAAUCUCACAACUGCCCAGACCCCCAGAGCUUCGCGACGCUGCGCCACUUGGUGGCAUCCGUCGAUGGCGGCGGCGAGUUGCUGGGCAGCAAAGUUUUGGUUGGGACGGAUUCGCUCGACAUCAUCCGCAUGGUCUCCGAGAUCCCGGACGAGACGGUCACCCCCGAGAACAGCGACGUUCUGUUCGGCAGCGCGAUCAACGCGCUGGUUAGCAAGGUCGCCGAGAUCGCGCGGGGGCGCCUCGACAGCAGCGUCAUCGCGCUUGCGAGGUGCGUCACUGCUUCCUUAUCAGGGUGCCCCAAUGUCGGCAGCCUGGUCGCCCUGCACCCCAAGGCGGGCGAUGCCAUCAAGUUGUUCGAUAGGGUCGAGGUUGCCAACCACAUCGCGACCUAUCGCGCUUUGUACUUGGCUGGGUACCUGGAGGAUGCCGCAGCCUCUUUGGCCGAUUUUGCGGAGCUGAGGGGCAUGUCUUGCACCCAGCUGCGGGCCUUCUGCGACCAGCUGAGGAACGCCGCCGCAGUGAUCCAGUCUGCGAUGCAUCGCCUCGGCGGUGUCGAGCAGGGCACCGAUUGGGAGAAGGAUGGCUGGCAAGCCCACUGGUGCCAUUUGGUGCGCCGCGCGGCGCCAAUGGUACAGUUCGUGCGCAAGACCGAUAACGAGUGGAGCCGCCUGGAGCCCACCCAGAAGACCAAGCGCGCCAGGUCGAAG